UCUCUGGUUUUAAAAUUACGCUUCACAAAAACCAUUAACACUGCGCACAAUCCGCUAAGAGUAUGUGUGUGUGACUGUGUGUACAUAUAUAGAAUAUUGAUUACCCAUUUGCAGAUAUAUAUAAAUAUUAGAGAGAGAGAGGCAUAUAACAUAUACCCAACCAUUCUAGAGAGAGAAACGGCGAUUUCUCAUAUAUCUUACAUACAGAAAAUCCAUAGCAAAAGACCACAGAAAGAGCAGAAAAGAAAAAGCUUAGAGAGAGAAGUGGAAAGUUAGAGAGAGAAAGAUAUCGUAUUUACAUAUGUAAUGCAUCACAAGAAAUCUGAAGAACAAAUCGGAAAAGAAAGCAGCGGUGUCUCUUCCGAUUUCAACCCUACACCGCCUCUUCUCGGUUCUUCAAUUUACCAGAAACACCAAGGCCUCAAUUUUCAAUUCACUCCGCAAACUCUAUCUUCUGAGACAAACCCUCAAGUUCUCAUCGACCUAACGGAGUGCCAAAAUGACCGAAUUACCCCUUCCCCUUGGCCCAAAAUUGCUCCUCAUAAGCGACCUCUGGUGACCCAAACAACAAAAUCUUCAAGUUAUCUAUCUAAAACCCCAACUUUGUCCAAUUCUCUUCAUCAAUACCCUUAUUCUUCGUUGAAGAAUCACUUCCCAUAUCGGUUCCCGAACCCUUUGGCGUCCAAAGCAGCCGCAUUUCAACUCUUCCACCGCCUCCGCCUCCGCCACCUGCGCCGCCUCCACGGCCAUGUCCGCUUCAUUCUGUUGUUGUCUCUUCCCCUUUUCUAUUUCUUGGUUUCGCAUCCAAGUCACUCUCUUGUUCUUGAUUUCUUCUCGGCUUUCGCAUUCUCCACUGCCCUUUUAAUUUCUCUCAAUCUAGCACUUCCUCGCCUUCCAUCAAUUCGCCUAUUGCUUGCCCGUUCGUUCCCAAUCAAGCUCACCUCCUCCACUCCGGUGUCCAGACCGCCAUUGCCGGUGUUCUGGUCAAUUGGGUCCGGGCCAAUAUCGGAGAAACGGGUGAAUUCGGGAUGUUCGGUUCAGGCUUAUAGCAAUGGGGAUGUUUACGAGGGUGAAUUUCAUAAGGGGGAGUGUUCUGGCAGUGGGGUGUAUUAUUACUACAUGAGUGGGAGGUAUGAGGGUGAUUGGAUUGAUGGAAAAUAUGAUGGAUAUGGAGUGGAGACUUGGGCGAGAGGAAGUAGGUAUAGGGGGCAGUAUAAACAAGGCCUUAGACAUGGAUUUGGGGUGUACAGGUUUUAUACAGGUGAUGUUUAUGGUGGCGAAUGGUCGAAUGGGCAGAGUCAUGGGUGUGGUGUCCACACCUGCGAGGAUGGUAGCCGGUAUGUGGGGGAAUUCAAGUGGGGGGUCAAGCAUGGGCUUGGUCACUACCAUUUCAGAAACGGAGACACAUAUGCUGGAGAAUAUUUUGCAGACAAGAUGCAUGGGUUCGGGAUCUAUCGUUUUGCAAAUGGGCAUCGGUAUGAAGGAGCGUGGCAUGAGGGUAGAAGGCAAGGACUUGGAGUGUACACUUUUAGAAACGGUGAGACCCAAUCCGGGCACUGGCAGAACGGGAUUCUCAACAUCCCAAGCACACAGAGCAUCGCAUGUCCUUCUUCUCCUGUUGCUGUAUAUAAUUCCAAAGUACUCAAUGUAGUCCAGGAAGCACAACGAGCAGCAGAGAAAGCCUAUGACGUAGCCAAGGUGGAUGAAAGAGUGAACAGGGCAGUGGCAGCAGCCAACAGGGCAGCCAAUGCAGCUAGAGUUUUGGCAGUCAAGGCUUUUCAAAAACAAAUGCAUCAUAAUGGCAAUGGUGAGAACAUUCCUACGCCUAUUCUGUGAGAGACCAAGUAGACCUGAUUAUAUCUGUAACUCAAGUUACAAGUUUCUACUACACAAGGUUGCUGCUAGAAGAGGAUGACGCUUUGUUACUUUUCUGUUAAACUCAAUUCUUGUUCAGUUUAAUUUCCCUCUUACUGCAUUUUUCUAGUAGAGGUGUGUCAUUUUUGUUCGUUUGUGUAAAGUUAUUUUGUGUAAAGUUGACCUAGCUGUAACGCAAGUGCUCGUGCCUAGGUAAAACCUUAACCCAGCUGAUUUUUUCUUUUUCUUUUUUUUUUCAGCAAAAUGGUAAGUAUAUAACCCUGCU